AUGCUCCGCGAGGCCCGCAGACGCAAGCAGCAGGUUGCCGGCAAAAUCGGGCACGAAGAGUACAUCUACCGCCUUAGUGGUGACCCCUUUAGCCAUCAGGAGGAGAUCCAUAGACGCCCCCAAGGCAACCUCGAUCCGCGCCGAGUACAAGCGGCAGGCGGCGGAGUCGGGGUGGCAGGCGCUCGAGGUGUUGCUGGGUCAAGUCAACCCCCGUUCGCGGUAGACGACGACGCCAACUACGGCGGCGGCGGCAGAGGUGGUCGGGGUGCCCGGUUGAAUCCCAUUUCUGGCGUACCUGAUGCUGGGCCCUCCAACGAGGCCCCAGCCUUAUACGGUGCCCCUGGAGGUUACAUCGACGGUACUCCACCUGCCAAGAAGUACGCUGCAGCCAACUAUGCUUCUCCCUACAGUGGUGGUGGCGCAGGUGGCUAUCCGUACUCAUUCAUGCCGCAGGUGCAGCCCAUCAUCAGUGCCUUUGCCCCCGUAAUUCCAGCCAUCGCGCCAGUCAGGGACCUGCCCGCUCCCUUGCCUGCCGUGUACCGGCCAAAGCCGCCCCUCACGUUCCACAGUGGCCCGACUUCUAGCGCUGAAGUGCCACCCCUGUCCUUCAGUCCGUUGCCUCAACAUCCAGUGCCACCACAGAUGGGCGACCUCUCCCACGACGCCGGCACACCGAGGGCUGCCGCGGCCCCAAUGUACUUAUCACCAGGUGACAACGGUGCAAGGCGACCCAAGACAAGUCCGACGGUGCUGCCGCCCCUCAACCCGGACGCUGCCAGCAACGGCGGUGGUAAUCUCUUCCCCACGCGCAGCCCGCGUCCGAGCACAAGCAGAGCCACCUUGGGAGGUGGCGGUGUCGGUGGCGGCUUUAUUAUCGGGAACGACGGCCUCUCUGAUGUUGAGCAACGCCAGCGCGAGAAGAGGGCGGCACGCAUGCGCGCCAUUGAGCUGCAACAGGAGAAUGCACGACAGAUGCUAGAGCAGCAGCAGCGCAAGCAAGCAGAGCGGGAGCGGGAGAUUCAAGAGGACCGCCUGACCGAGCAGCGACUGCAGCGAGAGCGGGAGGAGGUAGCGCGGCGGGAGCAAGCCGAGUUAGAUCGCGAGAAGCGCGAGAAGGAGUUGAAAAUGAUGGGACCACGCGCAGCGCAGGCAAUGUUGGAGCAACAGCAGCGUGAGACGCAGCAGCGGAGAGAGGAGGAGGCUGCAGCUCGGCGCAAUAGAGGGAGAGCCCAGGCCGACGUUGCAGCCCCAGGGACGGGGAAGGAGACUCCGAAGCCGACGAUUUCACCGCCGCCAACCUCUGCCAGCGCAGCCCCGACCAUCCUCCCGUCGCUGCCGCCAGCGAACCACAUGAUGCCACUGUCGGCACCGUCCGUCCUUUCCCCUCCGGUGUCAGCGUCUACUUUGCCCUACCUCGUGAACUUCAACCUGGGCGGCGGGCUUCGCCCUCUGCCGCAACCAUCACCGGCACUUUACAACUACCUGUCGGCCAACGCCUGCCCACAGGCGGCGCCGCUGCCCAAUGGAGAGACCCAGGCAAUCCGUAGUGAGCUGCGGCGCAUCACUAACCUUCUCGAGCAGCAGCAGCAGCAGCAGCAGCAGCAGCGCCGCGCUAUGGACAGCACCAGCUUUGGCGCCAAGGUGGCACCGCAGCCAUGGCACAGUGGUGUACCGCAGCCUUCCACUGCAGCUGGGGCUGGUACGUACCUUACUACUGGUCAGCCGUCACCUUCUCUCGAUGCUGGCGGCGAUGCCCCUGUGACUUCUGCGCAGCGAAACAGCGCGGCGCCGUACAGGCCUUUCUUGACAGGCGGUACGUUGCCUCCACCGCCGCUUACCACAGCAGCACCUCCCGCUCCCUCCUCGUCUGACGCUGGUGCACCGCCGGUAGGCAUCGGGCCGUGGCAGGGGCUCUUCUCCUCGUGCGCUAGCACCUCUGCGACCGGUGCUGGCGGCAGUCUGUUGAACCCGUCGUGCGGGUCCGCUCGGCAGCUCGCCAGCUCUAUUACGGACAACGACCCGGAGCUCUCGACGGAGCCGUCCCGGUUCAUCGGCCCGUUUAGAGCACCGAUGGCCGCGGUGCCGAGUCCUCCUGUUAUCCCCGAGCCGGAGGUGACGGUCGUGGUGGUGGAGUCCACAACUAGGAAACCGCUGCCAGCAUCGGUUUUCUGUGCGGCUGUCGCUGAAACCGUCUCAGCACACAGCAUGGCAACCACGCCUCUGGCGUCAGAGGCUGCGUCAUUCCGUCUCUCCACAGCAGCGUCGGUCUCGGCGUCUGCGCUGGAAGCCUCUUCGGAGCCCGAGGCGUGCUCCCCAGCGAGGUCGGUAGAGGCAGAGAGCCUUUGCUCGGUCCACCACAUUUCUUCUUCAACGGCGAAACGGUUGAGGAUAAACACAAAUGAGGACAAGUCCGAGAGGCAAGGGAGUGCGUCGCCGUUACCAAAGGUGGUAGUGGCCUACACCAGCUCAGUCCAGUCCCUAACUUCUUCCCAGGCAGAGUUGCCGAGGGAGUAG